UCCUCAUGCACCCAUGGCACCAUCUUGUCGCAUCCAUCGUGGCAUCGUGCCUGCCCCGGCCGGCGUCUCUGCUCGCUCGGCGCAACGGAGACCCCCAGAGCGACCAUCACAUCCUGCAAACGGCGAACGGCAAACUGCAACCAUCAAACACCCCCAGCCCCCAUCCUCCAGUGCUGUGACUGCCCAUUCCCCAUUCUUCAAUUGCCCACCUCCCACCUCUCAUGACUCAGGAGCGGGCAGUCGUCGUUCCCUCUCGGCUGCUUUUUUUUUUUUGAGUGGGACUCAGCUGGUGCAAUGGGCCGGGAUAUCAAUCACGCCGCCUCCGCGGGGCCCGGGUCCAAGCUCUCGGAGCCUUAACGUGCAGGUGGGCCUCCCCUUCUUUGUCAUCCUCGACCACCAACAAUUCCUCCGACCCCGUGCACACACACACAAAAGCUGCCUGACGAUAUCACCCUGUUGCCUCGUUUGGAACCUGACGCAUGGUGUCAGUCUGCCGUCAUGGGAGCCUUCCAUCCAUCCGCUGGUGGAGUGUCUGACUCCGACCGUGCACAGCUGCUCUGCUCAGCGACGAGUGGACAGCCACGGCUACAUUAGCCGGGCUUGCACAAACACACGUGGCCCAAGGCCAUGUGUCAGGCCGGUCUAGACCUCCAACGUCCUCUUCGGGGUCGACCCGAGAAUGUGUGCGUGCUGACCAGGCUGCCCGCUGACAUAAGGGUGGUCCGACUAGACCCGGCACGAGAUGAUGCACCUGGCCGGAGACAAUGCGAUACCGCACCCUUUUUGUCGCCGAGAGGUCAGGUAGCACCCACUUCGGGGAUUGGCUGCCCUUGCUAUCUCCGGCCCCUGCUGGAUGGAGCGCAGGCUGGCACACACCCCCAGCACUUGCACGACAUUUCCCGAGUCGUCAACGUAGUGGCCCAGUCACACCAGCUGAAAUCAGGGUGCCUGCUUAUUCCGAGAGGUGAUGCCCGGAGGAAGAAGAUGUAAAGGAAAAAGAAGCCCCAUAAAACAGAACAAGCCUUUCGAUCUCAUGGGGCUUAACUUGGCUGUAGCACGUAAAUAGAUAAGAACAUAAUCAAUUUCUCAUCGUCUGCCUGCCCGCAGAAAU